AUGGUUCCGGCCGCCGAACAAGUUUUAAAACAAUUUCACGAAAGAUUCGGACGAUAUCCAAAAGUGGUUCAGUUUGACGAAGGAACGGAAUUUUACAAUAAAGGUGUUAUAACAUUAUUGAAUGAUCAUGACAUUCAUCAUUUUUCGACAAGAACCGACAGUAAAAAAGCAGCGAUCGUUGAAAGAUUCAACAGGACCUUACAAAUAAGAAUGUGGAAAUAUUUUACCGAACGUGGAUUUACAGAAAAGAAAAAGAAAUGGAUAGACGUCCUACCAAAUUUU